UCUCUCUCUCUCUCUCUCCGCCACCGAAAGCUCGUAUCUUUCUCUGACAUGGCAGAACCCAAGACCACCAUGGAAGCUGUAAGGCAUUGGGUCGUCGAGCACAAGCUCAGGACCGUCGGGUGUCUCUGGCUCAGCGGCAUCGCGGGUUCGAUCGCGUACAACUGGUCGCAGCCCGCCAUGAAAACCAGCGUCAAGAUCAUUCAUGCUAGGUUGCACGCUCAAGCAUUGACGCUGGCUGCUUUAGCUGGUGCUGCAGCGGUUGAGUACUACGAGCACAAAUCAGGAGCAAAGAACGACCGUCACGCAAAAUAUCUUCCCAUUAAAUCUUUCACUCAUAAGGAAUAAAAUGAGCUGCGUGCAUUAACCCUUUUGCCUGCCGCCUGAGACUUAAUCAGCAAUAAAAUCCAUGUUAACAGAAUUCUUUGGCCUUAAUACAAAGUUUUGGUUUUGUGAUGGAAACUUGUGUUGUAGACCUGGAGAUGAAGUAUUCGGAAUGUCAUUCUUUUGGACAGAUACUGAUGAAUAUAGUUGUUCUCUUUCUG